AUGUGGGGGCGCGGGGCCCGGGGCCCCCGCUGGGCGCCGCUGCUGGCGCUGCUGCUGGCGCUGGGCGCGCUGCCGCGGGCGCGGGCCGUCGAGGAGGACCCGGGCGGCGCGCACGGCCAGGGCCAGGGCUUCCAGGUGGUCACCUUCAAGUGGCACCACGUCCAGGACCCCUACAUCAUCGCGCUCUGGAUCCUCGUGGCCAGCUUGGCCAAGAUCGGCUUCCACCUGUCCCACAAGGUCACCAGCGUGGUCCCCGAGAGCGCACUGCUCAUCGUGCUGGGCCUGGUGCUGGGGGGCAUCGUCUGGGCGGCCGACCACAUCGCCUCCUUCACGCUCACCCCCACCGUCUUCUUCUUCUACCUGCUGCCCCCCAUCGUGCUGGACGCUGGCUACUUCAUGCCCAACCGCCUGUUCUUCGGCAACAUGGGCAGCAUCCUGCUCUACGCCGUGCUGGGCACCGUGUGGAACGCGGCCACCACUGGCCUCUCGCUCUACGGCGUCUUCCGGAGCGGCCUAAUGGGUGACCUCAACAGUGGGCUCCUGGACUUCCUUCUGUUCGGCAGCCUGAUUGCGGCCGUGGACCCUGUGGCCGUGCUGGCCGUGUUCGAGGAGGUCCACGUGAACGAGGUCCUGUUCAUCGUUGUGUUCGGGGAGUCACUGCUGAACGACGCGGUCACUGUGGUUCUUUACAACGUCUUCGAAUCUUUUGUGACCCUGGGAGGUGACAAUGUGACGGGCGUGGAUUGUGUGAAAGGCAUAGUGUCCUUCUUUGUGGUGAGCCUGGGGGGCACACUCGUCGGGGUCGCCUUCGCCUUCCUGCUCUCGCUGGUGACACGCUUCACCAAGCACGUUCGCAUCAUCGAGCCCGGCUUCGUCUUCGUUAUCUCCUACUUGUCCUACCUCACCUCUGAGAUGCUGUCACUGUCGGCCAUCCUGGCGAUCACCUUCUGUGGCAUCUGCUGCCAGAAGUAUGUGAAGGCCAAUAUCUCAGAGCAGUCGGCAACCACCGUGCGCUUCACUAUGAAGAUGCUGGCCAGCGGCGCCGAGACCAUCAUCUUCAUGUUCCUGGGCAUCUCGGCCGUGGACCCCCUCAUCUGGAAGUGGAACACGGCCUUUGUGCUGCUCACACUGGUCUUCAUCUCUGUGUACCGAGCCAUCGGCGUGGUCCUACAGACGUGGAUCCUGAACCGUUACCGGAUGGUGCAGUUGGAGCUCAUCGACCAAGUGGUCAUGUCCUACGGGGGCCUGCGUGGGGCCGUAGCCUUCGCCCUGGUGGUCCUGCUGGACGAGAAAAAGGUCAAGGAGAAGCACCUGUUCGUCAGCACCACCAUUGUGGUCAUCUACUUCACUGUCAUCUUCCAGGGCCUGACGAUUAAGCCCCUAGUGCAGUGGCUGAAGGUGAAGAGGAGCGAGCACCGUGAGCCCAAGCUCAAUGAGAAGCUGCAUGGCAGGGCCUUUGACCACAUCCUGUCGGCCAUUGAGGACAUUUCCGGACAGAUAGGACACAACUACCUCCGAGAUAAGUGGUCCAAUUUUGACAGAAAAUUUCUCAGCAAGAUACUCAUGAGGAGAUCAGCUCAGAAGUCCCGUGACCGAAUUUUGAACGUUUUCCAUGAGCUUAAUCUGAAGGAUGCCAUCAGCUACGUGGCUGAGGGCGAGCGCCGUGGGUCCUUGGCCUUCAUCCGCUCCCCCAGCACUGACAACAUGGUGAACGUGGACUUCAGCUCCCGGCGCCCUUCUGCGGUGGAGGCCUCUGUUUCCUACCUCCUGAGGGAGAAUGUUAGUGCCGUGUGCCUGGACAUGCAGUCCCUGGAGCAGAGGAGGAGGAGCAUCCGCGACACGGAGGAUGUGGUGACGCACCACACGCUGCAGCAGUACCUGUACAAGCCGAGACAGGAAUACAAACACCUGUACAGCCGGCACGAGCUGACACCGGAGGAGGAUGAGAAGCAGGACAAGGAGAUCUUCCACAGGACCAUGCGCAAGCGCCUGGAGUCCUUCAAGUCCACCAAGCUGGGGCUGAACCAGAACAAGAAGGCGUCCAAGCUGUACAAGAGGGAGCGUGCCCAGAAGCGGAGAAACAGCAGCAUCCCCAACGGGAAGCUGCCCCUGGAGGCGCCCCCACACAGCUUCACCAUCAAGGAGAAAGAUGUGGAGCUGUCUGAGCCCGAGGAGGUGCCCGACUAUGAAGCGGAAACUCUGAGUGGGGGGAUCGAGUUCCUGGCCAAUGUGACACAGGACACGGCCCCAGAUUCUCCCUCAGGGAUCGACAACCCUGUGUUUGCCCCUGAUGAGGACCAGGGCGUCCUCUCGAGGGUGCCGCCUUGGCUGUCUCCCGGAGAGACAGUGAUGCCCUCCCAGAGGGCCCGUGCACAGGUGCCCUGCUCACCCGACCACUUCCACCGCCUGGCGCCCAUCCGCCUCAGCAUCAAGUCCACGGACUCGUUCCUGCUGCAGGAUCACCAUGAGGAUCCCCCACCAGCCCGCCCCCCGGAGACCACACACAUGUAA